AGGCUCUUGAGUCAAUCGCUAAGGCCUGUUAGAUUUUUAAUUAGAAAUUUGUGACGCAUUUACCCAAAAAACAGUCAGACUGUAGUAAAUUGCGGUCGCCACGACCCAAAUUAAACCUUCAAACUUCGGCAAUACAUAACAAAAUAAUUACUUCAGAGAUAACGGACCGCUCACACAAAAACCAUUUCCAUAACAUGACUUUUAUUCACUCUGACCUUGCGGUUAAUCGGAACUCUAGAGCACAGUAAAUACCGUAAUCUCGCGAUAAUUACAUAAAUAAGAGACAGCGACCAGAUUUUCCACAAUCGUGCCAGUGAUUUUCACGCAAAAUGUCGCGAAAAAUCGGAAUUGUGGGCAGCGGCCUUAUCGGCCGCUCGUGGGCCAUGCUGUUCGCCAAUGUGGGCUACCAGGUCGUCAUCUACGACAUUGAGCCCAAACAGAUCGAAUCGGCGUUAGCCGACAUCGAGCAACAGCUCAAAAACUUGGAAAAAAGCGGGCUUUUACGCGGGAAAUUGAACUCAAGCCAGCAAUUUGCCUGCAUUAAAGGGACCAACAGUCUAACGGAGGCCGUAAAAGACGCCGUUUUGGUCCAAGAAUGCGUCCCCGAAAACCUGGAACUGAAGCGAAAAGUGUGGAAAAACGUGGACGACGUCAGCGGCCCUAACACGAUUUUCUCAAGCUCGACAUCAACCUUCCUCCCUUCGCUAUUCUCCGACCAUCUCAAAAACAAGAAAAACAUCGUGGUGUCGCACCCGGUGAACCCCCCGUAUUACGUGCCCUUGGUCGAGAUCGUGCCAGCGCCCUGGACUGACCCCGCAGUCACCAAAAAAACGCGCGCUAUUAUGGAGGAAAUCGGGCAAACUCCCGUCUCACUGACUAAGGAAGUCCCCGGUUUUGUUGUAAAUCGCCUACAGUACGCCCUUUUGAACGAAACGUGGAACCUUGUCUCCGACGGAGUCCUCGAUGUCAAAGACAUCGACAAGGUCAUGUCCGACGGGCUCGGCAUGCGCUACGCCUUUCUGGGCCCCCUUGAAACCACUCACCUUAACGCCGAGGGCUUCGUCGACUAUUGCAAGAAAUAUUCAAACACGAUUUAUUCAGUCAGCAAGGACUUUAAACCGUUGCAAAAGUGGGAGGGCCCCCUUGUGCAGGAAAUCGCCAAACAGUUGGAGAAUUCGGUCCCGUUGGAUAAGUUACAGGAACGCAGGAAUUGGCGGGACUUGGCUCUGACCAAACUGAGCCAAUUGAAAAAAUCAAUAUAGCACGUCGUAUUCAAACGUUUAUUUUUUGUUUUUUCUUAUAAACAAUUAAAUUAAACAGACUCUUGGA